CACCUCCAACAUGAAGGUGUUCAUUGUCACACUCGUGCUGGUGCUCGUCGCCACUGCAUACGGUGGUUACAUAAGCAGCGGCGGCGGUGGUUAUGGCGGCGGUGGUUUCGGCGGCGGCAGCAGUGGAUGGAAGCUAGGCGGCGGAGGUGGAUACGGCGGCGGUGGUUACGGUGGCGGUGGCUAUAGCGGCGGAGGUGGCGGAUGGAAGUUUGGCGGUGGUGGAUUUGGCGGCGGUGGCGGCGGUUACGGUGGCGGCGGCGGUGGAAAGAUCAUCAAAGUAAUCGCGCUUAGCGACGGAGGUGGAUAUGGCGGCGGUGGCGGAUGCGGCGGCGGCGGCGGCAGCGGCGGUGGAUGGAAGUUCGGCGGCGGAGGUGGAUACGGCGGCGGUGGAUACGGCGGUGGUAGCAGCGGAUGGAAGUUCGGUGGUGGAAGUGGUGGUUUCGGCGGCAGCAGCGGCGGUGGAUGGAAAUCAGGCGGUGGCGGCGGAUACGGUGGUGGUGGAUACGGCGGUGGUGGAUACGGCGGCGGCGGUGGAGGUUGGUGGUAAUACUCACGGCAAACAACAGUGCUCACGAGCAAACGGAACGAAAUUCGCUCGCCGAUCAUCCGCAUAUCUCGG